UGGAGAUGAGUGAAAUAAGGCUUGAAUUUUCAUUUUGAGUCUUACAAAUGAUGAUACUUCAUAAGCUCAUCAGAUUUGCAAAUAAACCCUUUCUUUGGCUAAUAUUCACGUCCAUUCUCUUGGCAUAUUUAUGUCCCGAAAUUGGAGCCAAAGGAGGAAUAUUAAAGCCAGAAAUCACUGUAAAGUAUUUUGCUGUUGUUAUAAUUUUUUUUAUUAGUGGAAUUUCUUUGAAAUCAAACGAAUUGUUAGCUGCAGCAUGUCAAUACAGAGUCCAUAUUUUCAUACAAUUGUACUCCCUAAUUUUUGUUCCUCUAAUAGUCCAAAUUUUAGUGCAACUCUUAGGUCAAUUUUAUCCUAAUCCUGACUUAUUAGUUGGCUUCAUAGCAGUAAGUUGUAUGCCACCACCUGUUUCAUCGGCCGUCUUGUUAACUAAAACAGUUGGAGGAAAUGAAGCAGCAGCUGUGUUUAACUCUGCAUUUGGUAGCUUUCUUGGGAUUUUUGUUACACCUGCCCUUCUAUACCUGUUUUUUAGUAAUGAAAGUGAAGUGCCUAUAUGGAAUGCUAUUUUUCAAUUAAGUUUCACUGUAGUACUUCCAGUUGUGAUUGGCCAAUGUUCCAGACCCUUUCUUGUCCGUUAUGUUUCAAAACAUAAAAAAGAGUUAUCUAUGUUAGGAAGCUUUAUGUUGCUUCUAAUUAUAUACACCACAUUUUGUGAAACCUUCUCAAAGCAUGACCCUGUUUUUACUGCUUCAACAGUUUUAGUUACCUCUGUUACUGUUAUAUUUCUUCAAUUAGCCUUACUAAGUUUAUCAUUCCUGUGUGCAAAUUAUUUGAAUGCAUAUUAUUCCUCUGCAGAUGUUGUGGCAAUUUUAUAUUGUUCAACUCAUAAGUCCCUUACUUUAGGAUUUCCAAUGCUCAAAAUAUUGUACGGAGAAGAGCCUCAUUUCAUUCUUGUUUCGUUUCCUUUACUUGUGUAUCAUCCAAUGCAAAUAUUAAUUGGAAGUCUGUUAGUACCUGUGCUACAAAAAUGGAUGCAGAAUGUGAAAAGGUAUAAGAAUAUACUUUAUUCUGUGUGACGUUUGAAAUUGGAGGAAAGAUCUUGAUGGCAUCAUUUAUUCCGUUCAUUCAAAGAAAAAUAUUCUAAAAUUUUUGAAGAAAAUCCGGAAUAUUUAAAAGAUUUAUAUGAUCAGAUGUGCUCUCAGCUUCGCUCUGGAAUUAAAAGAGAUGUUGCCGAGUUGGAGGAAAAGAUGAACAUCUGUCCAUCAUUAUCUGCUCUUGACAAGGAAAUUGAGAAACAUAAAAAGAAAAAUGUGCUUCAAUGGAGGCCUUCUGGGGACCCAGAGAAAGACUUUAAGGCACAUGCAUUUAUGUUGAAGAACAAUUACCGGGCUGAACUUGAGGCAAAAUUACAAAAGUUACAGUUAGAAAAUGAUGAACUCAGAAAUGUUAUGGCCAUGGAGCAUUCGGAAAUAAUGCGCAUUAAAAAAGAAAACGACGAAAAUCAACGAACAUUUUCCGAGCUAGUGGAUAACAGUGAGCUUAGUGAAGAGUUUUCAGAACUUGAAAUGGAUCUGGAGAAACUCAAAAAUGAAAAGUGCGAAAAGGAUUAAUGACCUUCUGUGAAGUUUCAAGCUUUUUUGUUUCAAAUGUUUCAUUUUAUUAAUUAUAACUGUUUCAUAAAGUAUUUAUUCAUUGUUUUAUGUAUUUUUCUUUUUAUUGUGUAUAAUUCUGUUUGCUAGCAUUACUAAUGUACUG